AUCCAUCAUCCAUGUAUAACCCCAAUCUCUUUCCAAUUUCAAACCCAAAAACAAAGAACCUUCUCAGAGGAUGAGGAUUUGUAAUGGGAGCAAGCCCCUUUUCAAUGACAAACUCUAUUAUCCACGCGCUGUCCUUGUUGCUCUUAGCCUUCUUAGCUUUCAUUCAAGUUGCGAAUUCUGAUCAGCAAAACAAGAACGAAGACAAUGAACCAUUCGUGGGUGUGAACAUUGGCACAGAUGUCUCGAACCUGAUGUCACCAUCAGAGCUUGUGGCGUUCCUUCAGAAGCAGAAGAUCACACACAUCCGUCUCUACGAUGCAAACACCGACAUCCUCGGAGCCUUGUCCGACACCAACAUUCGUGUCACCAUCAGCGUACCCAACAACCAGCUCAUCGCUAUUGCUUCCUCCAACACCACCGCUUCUUCAUGGAUCCGUCGAAACGUCGUCGCUCACUACCCUCGCACCCUCAUCGCCGCCAUCUCCGUCGGCGACGAGGUUUUAACCACCGUCCCUUCCUCCGCCCCUCUUCUCCUCCCCGCCAUUCAGUCCCUUCACUCUGCACUCGUAGCUUCAAAUCUUCACAAUCAGAUCAAAGUUUCAACCCCUCAUUCUGCUUCCAUAAUCGUCGACCCUUUUCCUCCUUCUCAGGCUUUCUUCAACCAAACCCUUUCCUCUUUCGUCUUCCCUCUUCUUCAGUUCCUUUCCCAAACUGGGUCCCCUUUCAUGCUCAACCUUUACCCUUACUACGUCUUCAUGCGGAACAAGGGUGUUGUUCCUCUCGACAACUCCUUGUUGAAGCCUCUCGCGCCUUCUAAGGAAAUGGUGGACCCCAACACUCUUCUUCACUACACCAGCGUUUUUGAUGCCAUGAUCGAUGCUGCUUAUUUUUCCAUGAAGAACCUUAACGUUACCGAUGUUGUGGUUCUUGUCACCGAAACGGGUUGGCCUUCCAAGGGUGAUUCCAAGGAGCCUUAUGCAACCAGAGACAAUGCGGACACUUACAAUUCCAACUUGAUCAAGCAUGUUUUUGAUCGUAGUGGAACCCCUUUGCAUCCCGAAACUACUUCGAAUGUGUUUAUAUACGAACUUUUCAACGAGGAUUUGAGGUCCCCGCCAGUGUCUGAGGCUAACUGGGGUUUGUUUUAUGGGAAUGCUACGCCUUCUUAUUUGCUUCGUGUGUCUGGAAUUGGAACUUUUCUGGCCAAUGAUGCUGCCAAUCAGACAUACUGCAUUGCCAUGGAUGGUGUUGAUUCCAAGACUUUGCAGGCAGCUUUAGAUUGGGCUUGUGGACCGGGGCGAUCUAAUUGUUCGGAGAUUCAACCUGGGGAGAAUUGUUAUCAGCCUAAUAAUGUGAAGAAUCAUGCUUCUUAUGCGUUUGAUAGCUAUUACCAGAAUGAAGGGAAGUCUCCUGAGUCUUGUGACUUCAAAGGAGCAGCUAUGAUCACAACCAGUGACCCCAGUCACGGCAACUGUCUAUUUCCUGGAAGUAAGGAAUUAAGCAACAAGACAAAGCAAGUAGUGAACUCUACUCAUUCAAGCAAUGCAGGGGAGAAGUUGAGGUUCAGAACCUUUAGCAGCAUCAAAAUAAGUGCAAUGAACAACAUUUUGCACAUUUACUUAGUUGCUGCUUUCCCCACUAUGUUGUUAUUCGUUUUGUGAGUUGCAAAUAAUAGAUUUUUUUUUGGAGGUGGGGGAAUAUGUAGGAUUGUUUUGAAUUUCUUAGUGACAAAGGAUAAGAGAAAAAGAAUUCUGGAUGACCUGUUGUUCUAAACUUAGUGCUUAAAGAUAGAUGCUUCCUUUUAAGAAAGUAGGGUGUAUAAUUUUCACGUGGGGGGUUGUUGUAAUUAAAUAUGCUUCCUUUUGUUAACUAAUUUAUGUAAAAAAUGAACAUAAUAGGAAUAGAUCUUCUCAUAUAA